GACGCUCAAGUCUUACUGGAUCACUAAAGGCAGCUCUUUCAGCACUACCGUGUCCAAACAGGAGACGGAGCUCACCUCUGAWAUGAUAGCUACAGGCAGCUGGAAAGAGAAGAAGUUCAAACCCUACAAUUUUGAGGCCAUGGGCAUAGCCCCAGACUGUGGUCACCUGCACCCCCUAAUGAAGGUCCGAACACAGUUCAGACAGAUCUUCCUGGAGAUGGGUUUCAGCGAGAUGCCGACCAACAACUUCAUAGAAAGCUCUUUCUGGAACUUUGACGCGCUGUUCCAACCGCAGCAGCACCCAGCGAGGGACCAACACGACACCUUCUUCCUGUCUGACCCGGCUCUCGCRCACCAGUUCCCUCCAGACUACCUGGACAGAGUAAAGAGGGUCCACUCAGAAGGYGGCUAUGGUUCACAAGGGUACAAAUAUGACUGGAAGAUAGAGGAGGCUCAGAAAAACCUACUCCGAACUCACACUACAGCGGUCAGCGCACGGAUGCUGUAUAAGCUGGCUCAACAGGAGAAGUUCACCCCCGUCAAGUAUUUCUCCAUCGACCGGGUGUUCAGGAACGAAACCUUAGAUGCCACCCAUCUUGCAGAGUUUCAUCAGAUAGAGGGGGUGGUGGCCGACUAUGGGCUGACUCUGGGAGACCUCAUGGGCGUCCUGCAUCAGUUCUUCACCAAGCUAGGAAUUACCAAACUCCGCUUCAAGCCAGCUUACAACCCUUACACAGAACCCAGCAUGGAAGUGUUCAGCUAUCAUGAAG